CAGUGCACAUUCUUCUGCACUCUGAGAGAAAAACGGUGGGAAAUGUAGCACUUCUGCUUUCCCCAAAAUAAUCAGAUUAAUUGCAAUCAUUAAAGUACAACACUUUUAUUACAGUGGAAAGUACUGGUCCAAGUAUAAAGGUCUGCGGAGGUCUCGUUGAGAAAUUCUUUUUGACCGACCACCAACCCCGAAAAAAAAACGACACGGAUCGGAACUGAAAUGAAGAAAUGGUGCAACUGAACUAUUAUGUUCUUUAACAAACCAGCAGCUCUCUAAGAUUUUUGAAAGUCACUAUUGAGGCAGGACGAAACAAACCACUCGCUGUUGCAGCCUCUUGAACUGCCACAAGAAAGGGAAGCGUGUGAGGCUUUAUUGAAUCUAACUUACUUUCCACGUUCAGAAUCCAAAAUUGAGCCAGUAUGAAUCUGAUCUUGUGGGGGAUUGUGCUCCUCGGGAUUUAUGUCCAGCAAUCAGUUUCACAGAAGGUGCAGUGUUAUUCAGCAUUUUCCCUUUCCACUGGGAAAUGUGGUGAUUUGUUGGGUGAGGCUGAAAAAAGAGACUGUUGCAUGAACCCCAACUACGGCUACAUGAAUGCAGAUGGAAAGUGUAUGUACUGUGGGCCGGCAGCAUGGACUGAGUGGUCUUCCUGGGGCGAGUGCUCUGUGAGUUGUACAGAGGGAGUAACGCAAAGGCGACGGUCUUGUUAUGGAAUUGGUACUUGCUUAGACAGUGCGAACCUAGGAACUGUUCAAACUAAACCAUGUGUGAAAAAACAAUGCUGCCCAGUGGAAGGUGGUUGGUCAGAGUGGGGAGGCUGGCAGCCCUGUUCAGUCACGUGUGAGAAGGGAAUAAAAAAAAGGCAAAGGACCUGCACUAACCCAGUUCCACAAUGUGGGGGCUCCUGUAGGGGUGAACAGGAAGAAAUUGCCUCUUGCAUCACUGAAGUGAUCUGUCCGACUCAUGGUGGGUGGUCCAGUUGGGGAAGCUGGGGUCCCUGUCAAUCUACUUGUAUUGAUGAAGGACAUAACACUCAGAAAGAACUUCGUAAAAGGACUUGCACCAACCCCACUCCAUCCACGGCUCCACCUGGCAGAUACUGCGAGGGCUUUGACACAGACACCCGCCCUUGCAGCGGACUACCUUUCUGUCCAAUUGAUGGAAACUGGGGCCCUUGGUCAGGUUCAACACCCUGCUCUGUGACGUGUGGAUUGGGCCGGCAGACACAAAGACGGGUGUGUAAUUCUCCUAGUCCCAAACAUGGUGGCAGAGAGUGUAGAGGUGAAGAGCAAAAAACUGGUGUCUGCUCCACUGAUAUCGACUGUCCAGUACACGGGAUGUGGUCUGAAUGGAGUGAGUGGGGUCGAUGUAAAAAACCUUCCACUAGAGAUAUCACAUGUAAAAACAGGGAAGGAAACCGAAGGAGAGAGAGAGAGUGCGUUGGUAGAAAACACGAGGGAAACUUCUGUACUGGAGAUAUUGUUGAACACGGCAACUGCUAUGACAUUGAUGGCUGUAGAAUGGAAGGUGUCUUGUCAGAGUGGAGUGAGUGGAUUUAUUGCAAACCUGCCUGUGGGCCAGGCUCUGCACAAACAAGAGAAAGAAAGUGUGUUCCUGACAUCUCCGACUACCGUUCCAAAGACCGCAGUAUGUUCUCAGGGGUGCCAAAAGUGAACUGUAAAGAUUUGAAAACUGAAACCGAGAGAAGACCAUGUAAUAAUGUCCCUGAGUGCAAGGAUGAGGAUGAUUGAGUGCAGAGUCCAGAGUAGCUGUUGAAGACAAGAGGACCAGUCACUGUACUCACCAGCAGUUAGAAGAACCUCAACAUGCCAAGCUGUUCUCUUAUGAAACAUGCUACCAACAGAAAAAUACUUGCUUUGUUAGCUUUUGUUAUAUGGAUUGGAUUGAUUGCUGAUUAAUUCACACUCCGUAAACUCUGCUUUGCUGCCACAAUAAAGUAUUAAAGUAAUGCAAGAUCAUGUAGUGUAUGUGAUAAAUUGGUUGAUUGCUGAUUAAUGCACAAUUCUGUAAAAUCUGCUUUGCUGCCACAAUAAAGUAUUAAAGUAA